CCCGAUUAUAUGCUACCAAGCGCGACCGUGGGCUGGACCUCGAGCCUUUCGCGCCUCAGCGUGACCGUGGACAAGCCCUGGUUCACCUCUCGCGAAACAGCACCACCCCGGCGCGGCGCUCCCGCCCUCCGUGGCUGGCGGUCGUAUCACCACCCACCUCGGCUAGGGUGGAGGGAAGAAAACUCGGGGAGGAGAUGUUCGCAACGCUAGCCCGGUGGAUGGCGAAGAAGCCGAAACCGAAGAUGAAGCCUAUCGAGCCACGGAUGCCGCCUGAACAGGUACAGACCGUUAGCCGCACCAUCUUCGACAUCGUCAAGGAGCACGGCCCUCUCACCAUCGCUGAAACCUGGGAACACCUCAAGGGUGUUGGUUUGAGAGGGUUGACUAGCAAAAGGCAUAUGAAGAUACUAUUGAGAUGGAUGAGGGAGAGGCAGAAGCUGCGGUUAAUCUGUAAUCAUGAUGGAUCUCACAAGCAAUUCCUCUAUACUACCUGGUUUACCAAUCCCAAAACCAUGCCCCCGAGGCCGAGAAAGGGAACUUCAGAGCCAUGACUGAAUAGAAUUUGAAGAAAGUUCCUAUGCAGGCUCUGCAAAUCAGUUUUAUGAUAAUUGCAAUUGAUCACCCUUUCAGCAUGUACAACUUGAUUUGCAGUAUCAGAAAAUAUCAUUGCUGCUGCCGUAUCCAUCAAAUGGCCAAGUUAAAUUAUUGGUAGAGAGGAUGAUUGUCGAGAUGGCUCUACAUGGCUCAUCGUUGUUCUGUACAUCCUUUUUUUUUGCUUGUUCAGAAUAAUUUAAAUCUUGCUCUCUACAUAGAAAGUCAUCAGAAGGACUCUUUCAUUACCUUUUGAUUUUCUCAAAGUACGUUGAAGAUGACUCUCCAAACAGGUAUUUUCAGUUCAGUAGGCAGAUCUUAGAAAGCCUAGGCUUUGGCUCUUCCACCAAAAGAAAAAGAGGAAAAUGUCACAUCUCUAACAUUGUGUGGGAUGCUGUGAUGAAGCUGAAGACACCAAGGCAGUAUAAUUGAGACAACAAAUAUGUCACAUCAUUUCCGUUUGUGCAAAUUACCGUUCUUGUGUUCUGUUUAUAUUUGGCUUCUUGUAUAAAAAAAAAAGUUUACUGGG